CUUCGUUUUCGUAACACCCUGCCUCACGCCUUGGUCAGCGGCAACGUUAUGGUACAAAAUGGUGGCUGGUUAGGGAAUGAGCAGAUCAGGCAAUAGCCUGUAGCCAGAGGGUGAGGAAUGGCCUCUAAAGGCUCAGGGAGUCUUCCAAGUUUUAUCUCAGGGUACUAUGGACCAAGCUCUAGUAGUUCAAGAGCCUUUGAAAGCUUAGUGAGGGCCAUCGGAGAAGCGAAGUCGAAACAGGAUGAGGACAGAAUCGCCAAGAAAGAACUUGGAGUUUUAAAAGACAAAUUAAUGCAACCAGACACGUCAGCGAAGCAAAUGCGAGAGUAUCUUGUGCGUCUUAUCUACUGUGAAAUGCUGGGUCAUCAUGCAUCCUUUGGUUAUGUUGAAGCCAUCAAGUUUGCACAGCAGUCAAACCUUUUGUACAAGAGGGUUGGUUACCUGGCUGUAUCUCUGUUUCUCCAUGAAAACCAUGAACUUAUUGUCUUGCUGAUCAACACAAUUCAAAAGGAUCUGCACAGCACAAAUGUUGCAGAAGUGUGCUAUGCACUGACAGUUCUAUGUAAGUUGAUUAACAAAGACAUGAUGCCUGCUUUGCUUCCCCAAGUUCUUGAGCUGGUUCAGAAUAAAAGAGACAUUAUAAGGAAGAAAGCCAUAAUGGCAUUACAGAGUCUGUACAGGAAAAAUCCCUCAGCAAUUCCCAAUGUGAAAGAGCUUGCCAUGAAAGCUACUUGCGAUAAGGAUCCUGGUGUGGUGUCAUCUUCACUGCAUGUCUUCUAUGAACUGGUCAAGGCUGAACCCUCUGAAUACAAGGACCUUGUGUCAGGCUUUAUCAGCCUACAGAAGGCUAUACUAGAAGGCAAAAUUGCAAAAGAGUAUGAUUAUCAUGGAGUAGCAGCACCUUGGAUUCAGAUGAAGAAUUUGCGACUGAUGGCAUUACUUGGAGCAGAUGAUCAAAAGACCAGCAAGAAAUUGUACCCAAUAUUGGGUUCCACUUUGUCAAAGCUACAUACCAACUCUCUUAUAAGUUAUGCUGUGGCAUAUGAGUGUACAAGAACAAUAACAAGUAUUUAUCCAGACAAGAGUUUGAUUGAUAAAGCUGCUAGAUGUGUUGGCUUGUUUCUUGUAGCAAAAACCAAUGACAUCAAGUACCUCGGCAUAAAUAUUCUAACUUCUCUAAUCCAAAUGGGAAGUGGUUUUGUCAUGGAGCCGUCUUACCAGCGCAUCGUUAUUGACUGCCUCGAUGACCCUGAUGAGACGCUGAAAAGAAAGACGUUGGAUCUUUUAUGCCAUAUCACAAAUGCGUCAAACGUUGAAACAGUAUGCGAGAAACUGUUGUCUUAUUUGAAGUCAACAACAGAUUCAUAUUUCAGAACAGAACUUGUAGACAGGACAACAGAGCUUGCCGAAAGAUAUGCGCCGGACAACACGUGGUUUAUCCUAACCAUCAAUGAAGUGUUUGAACUUGGUGGAUCUCUGGUCAGAGAGGGUGUGGCACACAACUUGAUGCGUCUUUUAGCGGAAGGGAAUGAAGACGAAGAAGCAGACAAUGAAAUCCGUCGAUUUGCAGUGCUAAGCUACAUUAACCUACUUGAAAAGCCUGUUUUACCAGAUAUUCUAGUUUGGAUUAUUUGCUGGGUGCUGGGUGAAUAUUCUUACACGGCCCCGGAAUAUGAACCGGCAUUUAUACUUGAGCAGCUGUUCUCUUUGAUGGAUAGGACGUUUCAAGAUCCCAGCACUAAAGCUUGGAUUGUGACCGCAGUUGGAAAACUGACGUCGCAGGUUGGACAGAUGUGUGCUACUACAAGAGAUUGGUUGGAAAAACACGUGAGUGGUGUGGAUGUUGAACUCAGACAGCGUUGUUCAGAGAUUCAAAAGCUCUCUGAAAACACAUUCCUUAUGCAAAGCGUUCUUCCCAUUGAUGGCUGCUGUGAGGAUCUGGAGGUAGACGAGUCACUGUCUUUCUUGGAUGAUGUAGUAUCAGAAGCUCUUUCCAAAGGAGCUUCUCCAUACAAAGCCCUAAGCGAACGAAGGACAGCCGCAAGAAUAAAAGAUGUUCCUGAGUCAGAGCCAACUCUUAAAUUCACUCCUUACGAGAAUCCCAUGGAUCAGCCAAGGAAACCGCCUGCAGAGUCUCUUUCGAACUCCGCAACACAGAAGAAACCCAAGCCAAGAAACAAGGAAACUAAAAUGUCAGAUACAGCUCACUCGCAGGUCAAGGAAGCGCCUUCUACGAGUACCAAACUCUUUGCCGGAAAGGCUGUUUGGGGGCCUGGGGGCUACGCAAAAGAUCGUGCGCAGUCUGGUUCCUUGGAGUCCGGUAGUAAAUCUGACUCUUCGUCGCGGAGCUCUGGGUCUGAGAGACAAAUAGCCUUGAAGAGUCAUGCUGAGGUUAGCUCUGCUUCUCCCGUGACUAGUCACCAAGACGUUCGUAAACAGCAGCUGGCCGCGCAGCUCUUCAGCGGUGUCAAAGAGAAACCACGCUUAUCUUCCGGAAGGGGUCAUGUCAAUAAAAUCACUAAAAAUCCAGGCAAACCAAGGACAUCAGCCACUCAUCCUGGAUUGUCUUCAGCAAACAAUAGAGCGAUUUCCUCAACUGAAACGGGUUUAAAAGCUUCGGACAAAUCGAACAUGGACCUACUCUUAGAUAUUGAAAACAGCGAUAUUUGUGAUGUUGCGAAAGAAGACGCUUCUUCCCUAGAGAAUGAUCUUAUUUCGUCUUUUCACGAUGCAGAAGACGAGUUAUCUUCACGUGACGAAGCUGUGUCAGGUUUUUCUCAAGAGUCAAUCGAUUCCGACUCUUGCAUGGCUAUGACCCGAAGAGAGCAGGAGGAUGGUUACCAAGCUAUCCAAAAGAAUACACCGUUACUUGAUGUUGAGAUCACGGAACACCUCCCUCGACUGGAGCUUAAAGGAACGCCGUCUGCAUCGUUGCCGGAAGAUUUGAUCAACUUCCCACAUUCUGCGGAAGUUGUUGAACUGUGUUUCGAUAGUAAUGUGCGCGUUACUCUUCAAAAAGUUUGGAAACCCUUAGAACUUGUACUGGUUCUUUACAUUACCAAUCAGAAUCAAGCAAACGCCCCGAUCCAUGACGUCAGCAGUGUGUUACAACCGCCCUCCAAUUUAAUUGGAUCGUUUGAUUCUUCGUCAAGUAGCAAUCUUCAUGAUGAAAGCAUCGGACCCCUAGAAUGGGUAAGGCACCAAGUUGUUUUGAAAUACCAGUCUCCAGCGCUGCACAUGAACUUUGGUGGUAAGAUUUCUUACAAAGAUCCUAACAGAACAGUGAAACAUUUAUUCUUCAAUCACACCUUGAGCAUAGGUGAUAUUCUGCGGCCGCUUGUGAUCACCACAGAGGAGUACGGACAAAAAUGGGCUGAAGCUUCGUUUGAAAAGAAGCAAAAAAUGCCGAGUUCUUUGAAAACUUACCAAGAAUUAGCUGAACGAGUGAAAGAUGUGCUGAGAUUUCACCAGGUGGACGCAGUAGGCACGAAAGCGAUAUUUGCCGGUACCGUGAUGGAGUGUGGGAUAUGCCUGAUGCACGUCAGCUUUAGUGGUACCGAGUUUGAUCUGUCAAUCAAGUCUAAUAACAGACUGUUAAACGACGCGCUGAUGAAACAAUGUGUGCCUCUCUCAAGAUGACAUGAGGAUGAAAGCUAUAGCUAAUGUAGCUUUUGAUUUUUGCGCCGUGUCGUUUUUAGGCAAAGGAGCUUUACAUCUAGUAAAAGCCUACGGAAGUGAAGCACUGUGUCGUCUUGAAGCUGACUCCUUUGACUCCUCUGCUCCAUGUGCUUUUUAAUGACAUUGUAGCCGGAGAUGGCUUCGAUAAACUGGAAGCAUCGAGUGGAUUAUCGCUACGUGACAAUGCGCGUUAGCGAUGUCAUAACUAAUGUAUAAAGACUGAUAGUUUCUAAAGAAACUGUUCGGCGCUGCGUCGGUGGGGGUAACGAAAUAAUUUGAAU